ACACAGAGAGAAGGAGAGGCAGAGAAAGAGAGAGAGGUCUUCCAUCCACUGGAUCAUUCCCCAACUGUCCGCAACAGCCUGAGCUGGGCUAAUCCAAAGCCAGGAGCCAGGAGCUUUUUCUGGGUCUCUCACAAGGGUGCAGAGGCCCAAGGACUUGAACCACCUUCUACUGCUUUCCCAGGUCAUAGCAGAGAGCUGUAUGGGAACUGGAGCAGCCUGGACUCAAACUGGCACCCAUAUGGGAUGCCAACACUGCAGGCAGCAGUUUACCCGCUAUGCCACAAUGUUGGCAUCUACUUUUUUUCUUAUAACAAAAAGUCCAAAGGCUCUGAUUAUUAGAGAUUAGCUAACAUCGGAUUUAACCUUCUGUCAUUAACAACUACAGUAGUUUAUAAAACAGAGUAAGCAACACUUUGCAGGCACUGGGUAGCAACCAGUGCAAAACUAUGAUUUUGGUAGGGAAGGACAAGAUGCAGGCUACAUGUCCAUUUCAGAUGUGUGCCUCUGAGCUUUUCUAAGACAACAUCACAAUGCAACACAGCAAAAUUUGGAGAAUGGUGAGCUUUCUGGUCGGAGAAAACAGAUUAAAGUUGGAGAUUAUUAGGAAGUUGGCACUGGAAGGGCAAGUGCCAAAGAAUAGGAGGUCAAACAGAGGGAUCUCUGUCUGCAAAUAUCCUCCUCAAGUUCCUGGUUCACUAAGAAGUGAUGUCAGCUCAGGCAUGUGGAGGCCGACAGAGAUUUGUUCCCAGGACCAUAAGAGCUAAGGGAGACAUUCCAGCCAUCACAGAGGGUGAGGAAAUGUUCCAACCGUGUCUGAGAAAAUGGAGAGAUCUUAAUUUAGGUCAUAGAAGAUCACACUCUGGGAAGAAAUACUGUGCUGUAACACUAGAAGUAUUCCAUGAAUGGAGCUGGCAUCUGCACAGAAGUUAAGACACCACUGGGGAUGACCACAUGCAUAUCAGACUGCUUGGGAUGAGCCCCGGUGCUGAGCGGCGCCUGGUAAAGCUGGUGGUGAAUUUCCUCUUCUGCUUCCGCACGGACGAGGCCGAGCCCGUCGGAGCCCUGCUGCUGGAGCGCUGCGGGGUCGCCCAGGAGGAGGCGCGGGGCUCCUCCAUCGGCUUCCUGGAGGGCCCGGAGAGGAAGUACCUGUUGGGGGGCGGCAGCGAGGAGCAGUGACGGCAGUGGACGGAGGCGCUGCGCAGGGCCAGCUACGAGUUGAUGCGGAGGCGCCGCAUCUUCUACCGGAAUGAGAUCCAGAAGAUGAGGGGCAAGGACCCCCUGGAGCCGUUCGGGAUCUCCGCGGAGGCCCGCCUCCAGCUCAGCAGCGCGCCCGGCGACGGGUGGCCGGCGGGCACCGGGCCCGGGCUCGACUCGCGGGGCUGACCCCAGCCUGGCCGAGCCUGGGUGCGCGUGGGAGGGGUUCCUGGCGUACAGGCGUCAGGGCCUGAGGCAGGGGCUGCCCUCUGGGGGUUCCCGCCCUGGGAGGCCCCCACCCUGCGAGGCCCCCUCCCAGCGGCACCGGCCAUCCUGGACAGGCUGAAUGUAGGAGCGGAGCUAGACCAUGCUGUGAAUGGGCCGGGGCGAGCCCAGAUGCUCUGGUCCCAGGGUCCCCGUGCU